UACAAAAAUAAGUUGAUGCGAUGUUUACUUACAAGUAAAAUAAAUCUAUUAUUUACAGAUUUAAAGCAGACCAUACUUUUGUGUUGUCUAAAACUUACUAAACAAGGGACAGAUGAUGACGACGAAAUGAAAACUGAUAAAGAAAAUAAAGUAUUGGAAUACGAGACUUUUUUGAAUGACCGACUUAAACUAGACUUGAGGAAUGUACUGGAACAACGAGACAAAAUUUAUGAAGAGAUUUCUGAAUAUUUACAGUUGCAAUCCACAAUACAUAAAAUUCGGGAAGACAUCAUUCCAGAGUGUGAAUUAAAAACUAAAGUGGAUCUUGGUUGCAACUUCUAUGUUCAAGCUAAUGUGUCUGAUCCAUCUAAAAUCUGUGUUGCUAUUGGUUUUGGAUUCUUCCUUGAAAUGACUUUGCCAGAAGCCUUGUCUUUCAUCAGUAAGAAGACAGAAAGAUUACAGGAAAAGGCAGCUGAACUUACUCUUGAAGCCUGUAAAAUAAAAGGCCACAUUAAGCUAGUUUUAGAAGGGCUACGAGAACUUCAGGGUUUACCCAAUGAGACUAUCAAGCCAUACAGAGAUGUUUUGUCGUAAUACUAUCAUUGCAUUUAUUUGAAAUAUGUCGAUGUAUAUUCUGCUAAAUAUUUUUUCUUUUGAACAUUUCAGUAUUACUAAUGUUUAUGACCAAUUGUAUAUUAAAGAAAAUAAAUAAAAAAAAUAAAAUAAAGAAAUAAAAAGUCUGAAUAUUAAAUUUGAUAUAAUACUUUUAAUAUUGUACAUUCAGCGCAGAGGAUAACAAACAGUAAACAUGUAGCCUAGGAUAAGUUCAACACUGCAGCCUUAACCUUCAUUGUUUAAGGUUGUACAGGAAAUGUUAACAUGAACACUGCAGGAAAAAAAAAAGUUGAACAUAAAUGCAACUAGGAUACACAAGUUUUCUCUCAUCUUUACAUGAAAAAAUGUAUUAGUAAAAAAACAUGAUUGUUUAAAAAAAAAAA